GCUGCUCGGUUACUUGCCCUGAAGUGGCAGCCGCUGGAGGGGGCAACGGGUGUGGACUCGAAGAUCCAGUGUUUUAGCAACAAGGAAAGAUGUGGAAGUCUGUAGUGGGGCACAAUGUUUCGGUUUCCGUGGAGACCCAGGGUGAUGACUGGGACACAGACCCUGACUUUGUGAAUGACAUCUCUGAGAAGGAACAACGGUGGGGAGCCAAGACCAUUGAGGGCUCUGGACGCACAGAGCAUAUCAACAUCCACCAGCUGAGGAACAAAGUGUCGGAGGAGCAUGACAUUCUCAAGAAGAGAGAGCUGGAGUCGGGGCCUAAAGCCUCCCAUGGCUAUGGGGGUCGGUUUGGAGUGGAAAGAGACCGGAUGGACAAGAGUGCCGUGGGCCACGAGUAUGUUGCUGAAGUGGAGAAACACUCGUCUCAGACUGAUGCCGCCAAAGGCUUUGGGGGCAAAUAUGGAGUUGAGAGGGACCGGGCAGACAAGUCAGCGGUGGGCUUUGACUACAAAGGAGAGGUGGAGAAGCACGCAUCUCAGAAAGAUUACUCUCAUGGCUUUGGUGGCCGCUACGGGGUGGAGAAGGAUAAACGGGACAAAGCAGCUCUGGGAUACGACUACAAGGGAGAGACGGAGAAGCACGAGUCUCAGCGAGAUUAUGCCAAGGGCUUUGGUGGUCAAUAUGGAAUCCAGAAAGACAGAGUGGAUAAGAGUGCUGUUGGCUUCAAUGAAAUGGAGGCCCCAACCACGGCAUAUAAGAAGACGACACCCAUAGAAGCUGCUUCCAGUGGUGCCCGUGGGCUGAAGGCAAAAUUUGAGUCCAUGGCUGAGGAGAAGAGGAAGCGAGAAGAAGAAGAGAAGGCACAACAGAUGGCCAGGCAGCAGCAGGAACGAAAGGCUAUGGUGAAGAUGAGUCGUGAAGCUCAACAGCCAUCCGUGCCUGUGGACGAGCCCGCGGCACCAGCCCCGUUGCCCAAGAAGAUCUCCUCAGAGGUCUGGCCUCCAGCAGAGAGUCACCUACCACCACAGUCUGAGCCUGUAGGAAGUAGAAGAGAAUACCCUGUGCCCUCUCUGCCCACGAGACAGCCUCCACCUCAGAAUCCCCUCGAGGACUAUGAGGAGCCCCCAGCUCUGCCCCCUAGGACUCCAGAAGGCCUCCAGGUGGUAGAAGAGCCAGUGUACGAAGCGGCACCCGAGCCCGAGCCGGAGCCCGAGCCCGAGCCUGACUAUGAGGAUGUUGGAGAGUUAGAUCGGCAGGAUGAGGAAGCAGAGGGAGACUAUGAGGAUGUGCUGGAGCCCGAGGACACCCCUUCUCUGUCCUACCAGGCUGGACCCUCAGCCGGGGCUGGCGGUGCGGGGAUCUCUGCUGUAGCCCUUUAUGAUUACCAAGGAGAGGGAAGUGAUGAGCUGUCCUUUGACCCAGAUGACGUCAUCACUGACAUUGAGAUGGUUGAUGAAGGCUGGUGGCGGGGCCGAUGUCAUGGCCACUUUGGACUCUUUCCUGCAAACUAUGUCAAGCUCCUCUGAUGAGCUUGUCUUUUAACCCCUGGUGUUCAAAGUUGCUCUGGGCCCCUCUUCCCACUCCAUGGUACUGCUGCAAGGACCUGACUGAACAUCACGGGAUGCCUAAAGCUCUGGCAGUCUGGCUUCUGCCUCUUUAAGAGCCUUAGGUGGAACUGCUCGAGG